GCUAUCAGACAGCGUAAAAAGUCUCUCCCCAUCUCUUUGUACAUUUCCUUUAAAGGCUGGCAGGGGCUCCCUUGAAGCACUGAAGGGCAGCCCCUCCCUCCUGUCCCCACACUGCCCCAAUGCCAGGACCCUGCGGGAUUCCCAGCUCUCAGCUCCCCGAGACACCAAUAAAAAGAGAAAGGGGAACUCCUACUCCUCCACCAACAUAAAAGCAGCGCAGCCCCUACAGCAGCCACCGAUCCCACAUCAGUUUCAUUGGGCAGAGACAUGGCAGAGCACAGCGUCAGCACUGGGAGCAGAGCAGCAUGGCUGGGGGUCAGGCACUGGGUGCUGCUGGCUGUGCUCUGCCUCCUGCUGCCAUCCACAUGGGCACUACCAACUCCUGCCCACAGCCUGGCCAAGGGACUCAACUGCUCCAGGGCACUGCUGGCCGCUGCCAAUGAGGCACUCCUGCGGGUGCAGAAACAGGGGACGCUGGGAUUUGAAUGCACCCUUGAAGAGGUCGAUCUUGAGGAUGUCACCAACAGUCAGAUCAACACAAUAAAAUCCUGCACAUCUCAGGAUCCGAGGCCUGGAAACUGUCCAGUACUGGAAAGCUCUACUUUAGAUAGGAGCAAAUGCCUGCAGGGGAUCUAUGAAGACCUGAAAGCCUACAAGGCAGAGCUGGGGAACCUCAAGGAUCUGAGGGUGCUGACAUCCAUUGAUGACAUGAUGCAAGCCCUGCAGCCCCACAGCCCAGCCACACCACAGCCCUUGCCCAGCACCACCCUCGGCUCCUUCCAGGCCCGAAUGCGGCUCUGCGGGGUCCUGCACGCCUUCUGCCUGCGCGCCGUCACCAUCAGCAGGAUGCUGGGCUACCUGAGCGCCCUCACUGCAGAGACAUGAGAAGACCAUGCAGCAGCACGGAGGUCCUGCUGUAGUUACUUAUGAACCGCGUUGCGCUGUCAGUGCCUUUUAAGCUAUCGCAUCCAACUUCUAAACCUGGGGACAAUAAGCUCUAUUGUAGGAGAACACCCUCAGGUGACUGAAUGCUCAGCUGUUAUUCGUCUUCAGUAUUUUAUUUAUUCAAUUGUUAGUUCCUGAAAUGGAUAUUUAUAAUAAUCCUGGUUUAUUUAUGACGAUGCUCCUUAUUUAUUCUAUUUAUUGCCUAAUAAAAUUGAAGCUGACAUAAAAGCUGCAGUGACCUUUUAUUGUUGUUCCUUGAGAUACCACACACCUCAAGGAACACAACGUAUCCCAUCCUAUUAAUAGGACAGAA